AUGGUGGAUGAUCGUGUUGCAAGGAUCCGAUGCAGUGGAGCAGCACAUUCUGAACAUGCUCCUGUCCUUCUGCAGCAGUUCAUCUACAGUCAUUAUCACUGCGUUGCAUACACCACUGUCGUUGUUGCUUAUGUUGUCGGCUUCAAUGAAUAUGCAAUAUUGCGCUUGAAGCUGCUAAUUUGGCCCGAGCGACAGCAGGUCUAUUUUUCGACCUGUGAGAAGCGCGCAAACGAACCAAUCGGCAAAGCGCCCUUUCAUUACGCGGUUGUCUUCACAGCCUUCAUUGUUGUCGCACUCUUCCAGCUUGUUUGUUAUUUCGGGCUGACAAUCUCAUCAAAGUGGAUGUACCAUCAUGCAGUGAGGAACGAAGUGGAACGGGUCACUCGACUACGACAGGAACUAGCUGCGCGUAUCCGUAAUCAGAUGUACGGCGCGCUAUUUCCCACGUUCCGUAAUAUUUUUGCUUUUUGUAUAGCACAGUGCUUUCCAAUACUGAAACAAUCACUGGCAAAUUUAACACCACUUUAUUACUGCUUUUAA